AUGAACCGCCAAGGGAGACGGGCCAAAAGUUCGUCGCCUUCUCCGUCGCCUUCCCCGUCGGCUUCCCCGUCGACGAAGCGUCGUCCGUCGUCUUCCCCGUCGCUUUCCCCGUCGUCUUCCCCUUCGACGAAGCGUCGUCCGUCGUCUUCCCCGUCGCCUUCCCCGUCGCCUUCUCCGUCGUCGAAGCGUCGUACGACCACACCACGUACGUCCACGCCCUCGCCGAAUCCGGCCUCGCCGUCGUCGUCGCCUUCCUCUGUCUCGCCCGUCAUCAAAAAGGACGCUUCGCUCGAAUCGUGAGUUUAGCACAACCCAUGAAUCGUUUCAAUUAUUUACGAAAAAGUUUGCAGGACCACUCUGAUCACUCCGAAGUUCGUCGUGGCCGAGUAUUUCAGGAACGACCCGCGGAAUUACAACCCAAGAAAGCAGUACACGGCGAAGGACAAGCAGGCGCUGUCAAGCGACGGUGUGCUCCUCUGGCAGGCUGAUGCGGAGGAAGAGUGCGGCCGAUCGAAAUCUGGGAAACACAGAAUGCUCGUCGGGCCGUCGCCGCCGACCAUUUCCGCUUCGACGACCGAUUCAAAGUCAGUCUCAAAAUCCGAAUCGGACAUUAAAUUGAUGAACGAGGCGCAUCCGACACUCACCUCUUCGGAGGCCCUCCUCUACAAAACUGCAUUGAAUGAGGGAAGCGCACCGGCGUGUCUCGAUGCGUUUAACGCCGCUGAAGACGUUCUGAGAAGCAGCGAAGUAACCACGAAUGAGACGGCAAAACUGUUUCAUAUCUAAUUUUUUCAGGCGUUCCGCAAACAGAUGGAAAAAAAUGUUGCGAAUCCGGUGAAGCCCACGCUCAAAUGGAUUCUCCCCAAGACAACGGUGUUGAGCGUGUACGACAAGUGAGUUAACCAAGUCUGCUCCAGCGAACGAUAUGUGGAUUACAGGAAGCAACUUCCAAGCACGGCCAAUUUCUUCGAAAAGAAACAGUUCGUCGUGGGGGUUAAGAAUCCGCGCAACCCGGACAACAUCAAGAAGAUGAAGAGCGCCACCGAUCAAUCGGAGAAAAAGGAGUAG